UCCAUGCUGACCCCCCUCUACUCGGACCAUGGCGGCUCGGUGCGGUGGCCCCAGAGUUCCUCCUGCACCACCUCCUCUCAGGGUCUCCACCGGACGCUCCGCUGCCACCCUCCCCCGAUCAGCGGGAGCAGCGUGGGCCCCAACCCCACCUACUAUCACGCCGUCUACGACGUCCGGGUGGAGCAGUACGGAGACGUGCCCUUUACCGGCGGCGGCGGCGGCUAUGGGGUUCGCCCUGGCCGGGGCUCCUUGUCCCUUGUCACCAGCAUCACAGACCCCACAGUCCCGUUGGUCCGCCGGAGGGGAGGAGUGGUGGACCACCGCGACGUCAUCAUGGCCCACCAGGCUCACAAGCUGCACAACACACCACAGGCCAGAAGGAAACAGUGGGAAAUGGCGCGUUUUGGAGACGAGGUACCCAACAGGUAUGGAGGAGGAGGAGGAGGAGGAGGAGGAGGAGGAGGUGGUGGUGGCGGGGGUGGCGGGGGUGCCGGCGGACAAGGGGGGCCCGGCGGCCGCGGCGGCAGCAGGCAAGGGGGGCCCCCCGCAGGGCAGCGGGUGUACAAGCAGUCGAUGGCCCAGAGAGCCCGGACCAUGGCCCUGUACAACCCCAUACCCGUCCGGCAGAGCUGCCUAACGGUCAACCGCUCCCUCUUCCUCUUCAGCGAAGACAACCUGGUGAGGAAGUACGCCAAAAAGAUCACGGAAUGGCCUCCUUUUGAGUGGAUGAUUCUCACCACUAUCAUUGCAAACUGCAUCGUUCUGGCUCUGGAGCAGCACCUUCCUGACGGAGACAAGACGCCUCUUUCCGAACGCCUGGAGGAAACGGAGCCCUACUUCAUCGCCAUUUUCUGCUUCGAGUCCGGGAUCAAGAUCCUGGCUCUGGGCUUCGCGUUGCACAAGGGCUCCUACCUCAGGAACGGAUGGAACGUCAUGGACUUCGUGGUGGUGCUCACAGGUAUUCUGUCGUCAGUCGGCUCUCAGCUCGACCUGAGGACUCUCCGAGCCGUCAGAGUGUUACGACCAUUGAAGCUGGUGUCUGGGAUUCCCAGCCUGCAGGUGGUGCUAAAGUCCAUUAUGAAGGCCAUGAUCCCCCUGCUGCAGAUCGGCCUGCUGCUGUUUGUGGCCAUCCUCAUGUUCGCCAUCAUCGGCCUGGAGUUCUACAUGGGGAAGUUCCACACGACCUGCUAUGACAAAGUCACGCGAGAGGUGGUGGGCACGUUGCCGUGCGGCACAGAGUUGCCGUCGCGGUUAUGCCCCAACGGCACGCUGUGCGAAGGUCGCUGGCUCGGACCCAACUACGGCAUCACACAGUUCGACAACAUCCUGUUCGCCGUGCUCACCGUCUUCCAGUGCAUCACCAUGGAGGGAUGGACGGAAAUGCUCUACUUCAGCAACGACGUGGAGGGCAGCGCCUGGAACUGGAUGUACUACAUCCCCCUCAUCAUCAUCGGCUCCUUCUUCAUGCUCAACCUGGUGCUGGGCGUGCUCUCCGGUGAGUUUGCCAAAGAGAGAGAGCGAGUGGAGAACCGGAGCGAGUUCCUGAAGCUGAGGCGGCAGCAGCAGAUCGAGAGGGAGCUCAACGGAUACCUGGAGUGGAUCUGCAAAGCAGAAGAAGUGAUUUUGGCAGAGGAGGACGGCCCGGUGAACUUUGAUGGUUCGAGGCGAAGGCCGACCAUCAAAACCAAAAACAACAAGACGGAGCUGCUGAACCCCGAAGAAGGAGAGGACAACAUGGGGGAUGCAGUAGGUUUCGCCCGCUCCAGCCUGAAGAACGGGAAAGACGGCUCCAACUACAGCAAGAAGGAGCGCCGGCUGCGAUUCUUCAUCCGCAAGAUGGUGAAGACGCAGGCUUUCUAUUGGACGGUGCUGUGCCUGGUGGGCCUCAACACCAUGUGCGUGGCCGCGGUGCACUACAACCAGCCGGAGCUGCUCUCCGACUUCCUCUUCUAUGCAGAGUUUAUCUUCCUGGGCCUCUUCAUGUCUGAGAUGUGUAUCAAGAUGUACGGUCUGGGCAUCCAGCCCUACCUGCACUCCUCCUUCAACUGCUUCGACUGUGUGGUCAUUGUGGGCAGCAUCUUCGAGGUGGUGUGGGCCACCAUCAAACCAGGAACCUCCUUUGGGAUCAGUGUGUUACGAGCUCUGAGACUGCUGCGCAUCUUCAAAGUCACCAAGUACUGGGCUCCUCUUAGAAACCUGGUGGUGUCUCUGCUGAACUCUAUGAAGUCCAUCGUCAGCUUGCUGUUCCUCCUCUUCCUCUUCAUCGUGGUCUUUGCCCUGUUGGGGAUGCAGCUGUUCGGAGGACAGUUCAACUUCGAAAAUGGAACGCCUUCCACCAACUUUGACACGUUCGCAGCAGCGAUCAUGACGGUGUUUCAGGUCCUGACUGGAGAGGACUGGAACAUGGUGAUGUACGACGGCAUCGAGUCUCAGGGAGGAGUGAACAACAAAGGGAUGGUCUUCUCCAUCUUCUUCAUCGUCCUCACGCUCUUCGGCAACUACACUCUGCUUAACGUCUUCUUGGCCAUCGCCGUCGACAACCUGGCCAACGCCCAGGAGCUCACCAAGGACGAGGAGGAACAGGAGGAGGCAGCCAAUCAGAAGACGGCGAUGCAGAAGGCCAAGGAGGUGGCGGAGGUCAGCCCGCUGUCAGCAGCCAACCUGUCGAUUGCAGCGUGAGUGCACACACACACACAUACACACAAAGCAAUACAUAAACACACUAUCACAAUAAUAACAUAAAAAGAGCAGCAGAAGAACAACAUCAAGGGCAGCAAGUCGGUGUGGGAGCAGAGAACCAGCGAGAUCCGCCGGCAGAACCUGAUGACGAGCCGCGAGGCGCUCUACAACGAGCUGGAGCAGGAGGACUGGAAGGUGGGGGGCGAAGGCGAGGAGGUGUCCUACCCACGGAAGGCGCGUGGUGAUAUGACCCACCUGGACCGGCCGCUGGUGGUCAACCCGCAGGACAACCGCAACAACAACACCAACAAGACGCCGCCCGGCGAGCUGCCCCUGGACCAGGAGUACCGGCGCCAGGACGUAGACCACCGCCGCAAAGCCGCCCACCACUCCCACUCCCACUCCCACUCCCACCACCAUCGGAAAGCCAACGGGCCGGACGGCGGGGAGACGGGCCAGCCCGCCGCGGAGACCCGCAUGGAGCGGGGCUUCAGCUGCACGUCCCUGGGCAACGUGGAGGGCCAGCAGGGGGAGGAGAGGCACGGCCACCGGAGCCACCGGGGCCACCGGCACCGGAGCAACAGGGAGGGCAGGGAGGCCCGCAGCAUGUCCCCCCACCGCGGCGGCGACCGGAGGUCCCGGCAGCACCGCAAGGAGGGCGAGGAAGGCAGGCGGCACAGAUCCAAGGGGACGGAGGCGGAGGGCGAGAAAGGCGAGGAGGAGGAAGGAGGAGGAGGAGGAGGAGGAGGAGGAGGAGGGGAGGGCCGGAAGGCGAGGCGGCAUCGCCACGGCAACCAGGAGAGGAGCAGAGGGCAUCGCGCCAGAAGGGAGCACCACAGCACCGGGCCCAGCCUCUCCACCGCGCGGCCCGUCCAGCAGCACAACGAGGACCUGGACAACCUCCGCAACAACAGCAAGCUGGCCGCCGGCGCCCACGAACACCCGUACGCCUUCCCGCCGGACCACCCCGACCACGUCAACAACCUGCUGAACUGCCGCGACGCCGAUACCCACACCCUGAUCCACAGCAUGGACAGCCUGAUCCUGACUAGCAUGGCCAAGCCCGAGUACACGCAGAUAGACAUGCCGCCCGUCUACCCGUACCCCUCCACCAACGCCAUCCUGCAAGUGAACAAGAACGCCAACACCGACCAGAAGAAGAACGAGGAGAAGAAGGAGGAGGACGACGAGGGAGGCGACGAGGACGGCCCUAAGCCCAUGCCCCCCUUCAGCUCCUGCUUCAUCAUGUCCGUCACCAACCCGUUCCGGAGGUGCUGUCACUACAUCCUGACUCUGAAGUAUUUCGAGUUCAGCAUCCUGUCCGUCAUCGCCAUGAGCAGCAUCGCCCUCGCCGCCGAGGACCCCGUCUCGCCCGACUCGCCGCGAAACAACGUGCUGCGUUAUUUUGACUACGUUUUCACAGGCGUCUUCACAUUUGAAAUGUUGAUCAAGAUGGUGGUGCUGGGCCUGUUUCUCCACCAGGGCUCCUACUUCCGCGACUUGUGGAACAUUCUGGACUUUAUAGUGGUUAGUGGUGCUCUGGUGGCCUUCGCCUUCACGAGGUCAACGCUGAAGGGCAGCAGCAAGGGCAAAGACAUCAGCACCAUCAAGUCCCUCCGGGUGUUGAGGGUGCUGCGUCCUCUAAAGACCAUCAAACGACUCCCCAAGUUGAAGGCGGUGUUCGACUGCGUGGUCAACUCUCUGAAGAACGUGCUGAACAUCUUGAUCGUCUACAUGCUCUUCAUGUUCAUCUUCGCCGUGGUGGCCGUGCAGCUCUUCAAAGGGCGUUUCUUCUACUGCACCGACGAGUCCAAAGAGUUUGAGAGGGACUGCAGGGGCGAGUACUUGGUGUAUGAUGGCAGAGAUGAGGUUAAAGCUCAGAAGCGGGAGUGGAAGAAGUACGAUUUUCACUACGACAACGUGGCUUGGGCCCUGCUCACCCUCUUCACUGUGUCCACUGGAGAGGGGUGGCCGCAGGUGUUAAAGCACUCAGUGGACUCCACCUAUGAGAAUCAGGGCCCUAGCCCGGGUUAUAGGAUGGAGAUGUCCAUCUUUUACGUGGUGUACUUCGUUGUCUUCCCCUUCUUCUUCGUAAACAUCUUCGUGGCUCUCAUCAUCAUCACCUUCCAGGAACAGGGGGAUAAGAUGAUGGAGGACUACAGUUUAGAAAAGAACGAGAGAGCCUGUAUAGACUUCGCCAUCAACGCCCGGCCUCUGACUCGCCACAUGCCCAAGAACAAACUGAGUUUCCAGUACCGCAUGUGGCAGUUCGUGGUGUCUCCGCCCUUCGAGUACAGCAUCAUGGCUCUGAUUGCGCUCAACACCAUCGUCCUCAUGAUGAAGUUCGACGGCGCGUCGGAGACGUACGACAACGUCCUGAAGAACUUCAACAUCGUGUUCACCACCUUCUUCUUCAUGGAAUCGGUCCUCAAGGUCAUCGCUUUCGGCCCUCUGAAUUUCUUCAGAGACGCCUGGAACAUUUUUGACUUUGUGUCCGUCCUCGGAGCCGUCACCGACAUAUUGGUGACAGAACUCGGGAACAACUUCAUCAACUUGAGCUUCCUGCGUCUCUUCCGAGCGGCUCGCCUCAUCAAGCUGCUGCGUCAGGGGGAGACGAUCCGCAUCCUGCUGUGGACCUUCGUCCAGUCCUUCAAGGCUCUGCCGUACGUGUGCCUCCUCAUCGCCAUGCUCUUCUUCAUCUAUGCCAUCAUCGGCAUGCAGUUGUUCGGGAACUUGGCCUUGGGCGAAGAGGGAGAGAGCGCCAUCAACGAGCACAAUAACUUCAGAACCUUCAUCAUGGCCCUCAUGCUGCUGUUCAGGAGCGCCACGGGCGAGGCGUGGCACGACAUCAUGCUGGCGUGCCUGGGUGGGAAGGAGUGUGACAGGGACUCGGGGAACACUGAGCCCGAAUGUGGCAGCACCUUCGCCUACACCUACUUCGUCUCCUUCAUCUUCCUCUGCUCCUUCCUGAUGCUGAACCUGUUCGUGGCCGUCAUCAUGGACAACUUCGAGUACCUGACCCGGGACUCGUCCAUCCUGGGGCCGCACCACCUGGACGAGUAUGUAAGGAUAUGGGCCGAGUACGACCCGGCCGCCUGCGGGCGCAUACAUUAUAAGGAUAUGUACAGUUUAUUGAGAGUUAUCUCCCCUCCCCUGGGCCUUGGCAAGAAGUGCCCCCAUAGGGUGGCCUGCAAGAGGCUGCUGCGCAUGGAUCUGCCGGUUGCCGACGACAACACGGUACAUUUUAACUCCACCCUGAUGGCUCUGAUCAGGACGGCGCUGGACAUAAAGAUCGCCAAGGGCGGUGCAGACAAGCACCAGAUGGAUGCCGAGCUGAGGAAGGAGAUGAUGGCCAUUUGGCCCAACUUGUCUCAGAAGACCCUGGACUUGCUGGUCACGCCGCACAAGGCAGCCACAGACUUGACGGUGGGCAAAAUCUACGCCGCCAUGAUGAUCAUGGAAUACUACCGGCAGAGCAAGACGAAAAAGCUGCAGGCCCUGCGAGAGGAACAGCGCAUGGAGCCGCCCUCCGAGGUAGGGGGCACCGAAGGCCAGGGGGGGCAGGGCCUCAACGGCCUCCCCAGCACCCAGACGGACAACCUCAAUAGCAUACCUCCCGAGGGUGGCAUGACUGAGAGCCAGUCGUGGGUGACGGCCAAAGCCCAGGAAAUGUUCCAGAAGACGGGUAACUGGAGCCCCGACAGGCCGUACCCCGACGAUCUCCACGACAACCGUCACAACUCGCAGACAGUUGAGAUGAGGGAGAUGGGGCGGGACGGGUACUCCGACACUGAGCCCUAUCACCCAAUGGAUGGGCAUGGGCGGACCCUCUCCAUGCCCCGCCUCUCGGCAGACAACCAAAGAGCUCAUGCUGUUUCGCGGAGGAGACACAAGCCUCGUGGAAAUAACCUCAGUACCAUCACCGACACCAGUCCGAUGCGUCGCUCCACCUCCAGCCUGGUCCACGGGCGCACGGGCCGCGGCGUGAGGCUGGACGACUACUCCCUGGAGAGGAUGGUGUCCGAGGAGGGGAGGCACGGGGGAGGACGGCGGCACCGGGACAGGAGUCACCGGGCGUCGCAGCGCUCCCUCGCCAGAUACACCGACGCCGACACGGGUCUGGGCACAGAUCUCAGCACCACCACGCAGUCGGGCGAACUCCCACCCAAGGAACGCGAGCGGGACCGCGGCCGGACCAAGGACCGCCGCCACCACCACCACCACCACCACCACCACCACGGCUCCAUGGACAAGGAGCGCUACGGGCCCGACAGACACGAGUACCCCCACAGGCCUCCCCACGACCGCCAGUGGUCCCGCUCGCCCAGCGAGGGGCCCGACGGACGGGGACACAGACAGGGCAGUAGUUCGGUGAGCGGCAGCCCGGUCCCCUCCACCUCGGGGACCAGCACUCCGCGGAGAGGCCGUCGCCAGCUGCCCCAGACCCCCGCGGUCCCCCGUCCACAUGUCACCUACUCGCCCGCCGUCCGCAAGCCCAGCUACGGCCCCCCGGGGCCGGGCCGGCUGCGCUCGCCCUCCCCCCGACACUUCUCCCCGCCAGACCACGACAGAGGCUACCACCAACGGCCGCCGUCGCGCCAGGCCUCUCCCCACCCCGGGGGCUCCUCGUCCCUGCACGGCUCGCCGCGCUCCCCCCGGCACCAGUCCCCGCGCUCGCCCCUCCACGGCUCCCCCAGGUCCCCCCACCGGGGCCGCUGGAGCGGGCCCCCGCCCGGGGACAGCCUGGAGGGGGACGGACCCUUCUACGAGCGCGACUACGAGUACGAGCGGCACCACGAGCCCCCCGCCUACGAGCAAAGCCUCUCCCACGGCAACCCGCACCCGCAUGGGGGGAACCCUCACCCGCACCCACGCUCACCCAGGACUGCCCGCCAAGGGCCCCCUCCGCCCCCUCACCCGCAUCCACGCAGGGUGCCCAAUGGCUACCGCUCGACCUCCCCUUCCCCGAAUCGGCGGGGGCCGCCCGGAGCGCCCCCACACCCACACCACCGGCCCCCCCACGCCCGAGGGCCCCGCAAAGGCCUGCAUGAACCUUUUAGUGAGACGGACGAGGACGACUGGUGCUAGCAACCACAGGGAGCGAGGGAUGAGGGCAGGAGAGGAGAAGAAUAGCAGUGCUCUGGCCUCGGAUACGUAGACUUUUAAUAAAGCAGAGGUGGUGAGACGGGCCCUCCAACCCCUCUGCACUCACCCCUCGGACUCUAAAUGAGAGGAAAACGAGUGGAGGGGGUGGGGGGGAGGUGCUGCAAUUAGCCUUUUACAGAUUUUGUGUCCGACUCAG